CCAGUGGCAGGUGAAGCGGAUUAAGCAACGUAAACAUUUCAAACUACCGUGGCAAACUGUUUGAGCGCUGCCGUUUAAGCGAUGCAUUCAACCAAGGCCAUCCUGACGGCGCUGUUCGUCGCCUGCUGCCACCAAGUCACCGGGCAGUUCAACGAGUGUCCUGGCGAUGAAAUGUGCAUAAGUAUAGGCGAGUGUGAGCGAUUUCUUCCCCACUACAACCAACCGGCCAAGUGGUCGCCCAGCUUAAGGGACGAGUUUCGAAGGCGGGUCUGUCAGCGGGAAAAAAUGAACGGUGUGAAUGUCUACAAAGUAUGCUGCGAGCCACCCGCGCCAACAACAGAAGGUGAGCGCAAGCGAGGGCUAGAACUGCUCGAUCUAGAGAACUGUGGAGCGUACACGGACGAUAAGAUAUCGUUCGGACAGGAUGCGAAACUGUUCCAGUUUCCCUGGAUGGCACUGCUGAAAUCGAAAGCCGGUAGCUUCUUCUGUGGCGGUACGCUGAUCAAUGAGCGCUACGUACUGACUGCAGCUCACUGUCUCGUGAACAACGAUGUGGCAUCCGUCCGGCUCGGUGAGUACGAUCUGAACAGCACGAUCGACUGCAACAAGCACGGUGACUGUGCGCCGGCUCCGCAAGACAUCCCGGUGGAGCGUGCCAUCAGCCACGAGGACUACAGCGCCCGGUACAAACAGCACGACAUUGGCUUGAUUCGGCUGGCCCGCCGAGCAUCACUGAAUGACAAUGUUCUUCCCAUCUGCCUACCGGUGACGCCGGCGUUCCUCACCAAGCAGACCAUCUUCUUCGUGGUUGGCUGGGGUCAAACACAGAACGCACUGUUCGCAAACAAGCUCCAGUUUACGAAGCUCGACCUGAUGGCCAACGACGAGUGUCUGAAGCAGCUACGGCCAAAGGAUAGGUUUGUGCGCAUCUCCGACAGCCAGCUGUGCGCGAUCGGCUCCAAUCUGUCCGACAACUGCUCGGGGGAUUCGGGCGGACCGCUCAAAUCGAUCAGCAUUCAAAACUCGCGCUACGUCCAGUACGGUGUGGUGUCGUUCGGGUUGCGCACGUGCGGCAAGCAGAGUGCGCCGGGCGUGUACACGCGGGUCGAGCACUAUGUCGAUUGGAUUUUGGAGCAGUUGGAGGAUUAACCGUACAGUAUUAACAACCCGCCUUAGCUUAAAGUGUCGAAAAAGCAUGCGAAAUGCUAUGCACAUACACAAACCCAUGCACUGAGUUAAUAAAAAAAAACAGCGAAAAUAUGUAGAAUAAUGUUAAGCACAGUUUUUAGUGAUAAAU